AAAAUCGGCGUCGCGCAUUUCCGGCGCGUGGAAAUCGUGCUUGCGCUGGGCGUGGGUUAGGUUGGGUUGUUUGACUUUGUACCGUUUUUUCUUCUCUAAAACCUUGCUAACCUCGAAGAGCCUAUAUCAGUGGUAGACAAAGCGAGCUGCAUUGGAAUGGGGAACAUUUAGUUGGCGUGUGAACGUGACCCAUGAAUGCGUAGGUGCGAGCCUGCAUUUCGUCUCAGUCUCUUUGAGCUGCUGUCAUGGAUGAGGGACAGAAUUUCUGUCUCCAAUGGAACAGCUACCAGACAAGUGUCACAAGUCUCUUCAAUGACUUGAGGCGAGAUGGGGAGCUGGUCGAUGUGACUUUGUGUGCUCAAGGCCAGCAAAUCAAAGUACACAGAAUGAUGCUUUCAGCUUGCAGUCCUUACUUCAGGGAUGUUCUUAAGGGUAACCUUGGAACACAUCCAGUGUUUUUCAUGCGUGAUAUAUCAUUCAAAGACUUGUCAAACAUUGUGGAGUUUAUGUACCGAGGAAAAGUGAAUGUGGCGCAGAGUGAGCUGGGCUCCUUUCUGAAGACUGCUGAGACCCUGCAGGUCAGGGGUCUGACAGGAGAUGACGAGCCAGCACAGCCAGAGCCCCCAAAGAAAACCAAGACCUCAACCCCGUCGGCGCCGCCCCCUCCGCGGUUAUCUCCGGAGCCGCCGCGGCACCGGGCCGCGCCCCAGCCGCCGCCGCCGCCUCCCCCGCCGCCCCUGGCUGCGGCGCCGCCCUCCAAGCGGCCGCUGUCGCCGCCGCCGACCUCCUCCGGCGAGCACGCGCUGCUGACGCCCAAGCGGCCGCGCAGCGUGGACCAGCCGGCGCCGGCGGCGGCCCCGGAGGCGGCGCUGCCGCGGCCCGGCUCCGAGCCGCUCUCGGUUAAGGAGGAGCCGCUGGUGCUGGAGGACGGUGACGACUCGUACCACGGCGGUGGCGGCGAGAACAGCUCCGGCAGCGGCGGCGUUAUGCCGCUGCUGGGCGACUCGGACGCGCCGCACAUGGGCUUCCUGACAGGGACGCCCACCCAUCCUCAGGCGCACGAGUUCCAGGACGAAGAUCUAUUAGCGGCAGUCGCCGGUCCAUCGGGCUUCCCUUCACAAGACCUCUCGGAUAGUUCCACACCAGACCCGCUGCAGCAGAAGAUUGACCGGCUGAUCCAGCAAAACGAGGACGUGCUCCGGAACCUGAAGGACACCGCCGGAUCCGGAAACCCGGAGCCGGACCCGGAGCAGACCUCCGGCCCGGUUCGAACCCGGCGCGCCUUCAACGAGCUCAACGAGUGGAUCCACAGAGACCCCGACUACGCUAGGACGCUGUCGGAGGCGCUGUCUCGUGUAACGGGCGACAGUCCCCGACAGCGCGUGCGCAACAUGCUGGCCAGCGUGGCCACCAUACUCGUCCUGAACGACUACACGCUGCGGGGAUCGUCCGGCAAGCGCUCCUUCGUCUCCACACCCAUCUACAGACUCAUCACUGCCGCUGCCCGAGACGUCAACCGCCGGAUUAUCGACUCGGAGAUUCACAACGUUCUGCGAUACGGUACCUUCAGCCCACGAGCCAUGCGAUGAGCCGCAUCCGCGAGCGAGUGAACACGAACUCGGCUGUAUGCCGGUUGUCAUGGAGAUCGGCUGUCAGCGUAGACGGGGUGGAUAUGGACGAAGGCACCCGUCGCGGCUUAUCUCGAGAAGAGUGUUUAUUUGUUCAGCCCAAACGAAUAUCGGUUGGACGUUUAAUAAUGGUCAUAAGGAUUAGCUUGAGUUGUAGGUAGUCGUGUUCAGUUUUUGUCUACGUUCUUAUUCCCACUUCUUGUGUCUCUCAGAUACCCGGUGCAGUGCCCCAACCUCCCACCCUUUCACCACGUGUGACGUCAGGGUGACGUGACGUCACGCCCUACUCCAGACGCCGCCAGCCGGGCGUGGCCGUCACGCCCGCGCCGCGUGACGUGACGGCAGCACACAGAGCCGUGAUAGUCUAGUGGUUAGGACCCUGCGUUGUGGCCGCAGUAACCCCGGUUCGAAUCCGGGUCACGGCAUCGGCAAUGGUUUUGAAACCAAGAUCCACGAGAUCUCAGGAGGGCAUCUUACGGAUGAAGUGCAACUAUCAACUAUCUAACAUCGGAACGCCGGGAGUAGCCACACCGUCCGAUCCGGAAAUCUCGUGCUGUAGAUAAUCUCGAAAGUUACCCUUGAGGGCUGCGGUUCCAAGUGAUUGCUUCGGAUGAAGUGUAAAAAUUGGCUUAAUACAGACUUGUAAAAACAACGUCUGGGUAGGUACCGAUGGCAUUCACAGAUAAAUCGUCUCAAAAUCCCAACUCAUCGUACAAAUAAGCCCCCGUGCAACAUUAUUCAGGGCGAAUGUUAUCUCACCAUACCGUAUUUUCCUGAGCUCUAACUAAGAGUUCCCUGCAUAUCCACUGGCCUGAACGGUCCCUCCUGCAAUAUCCCGGGCUCUGCAGUCUCCCGGUCUGCGCGGGAUCGUCCCUGUUUGGCUGUGUGCCGCCGCCCUUUGGAGCCCCAAUGACGCCGAAGAUUUCAUGUGCUAGGAUGCGACACAACUGCCUUCGACGUGCCACAACUAGCACUGGCCAUUUAAUGUUCGAUUUGGCGAGAUGUAAUUGUGUUACGGCGCGUAACCUUUGGCUAUGUAUAAAUGUAAAACUAGUCACUAAGGGGUCGAUUUGUGUGUGGCAGCCGCUGCCUUAACCCUAUUCCUGGCGGGCUCCGCCGGGACAAGAAACUGGCGGGGGGGCCGAUUCGGCCCCCCCUUCAGAUCUCAAAAACUACACAUCGCAGCGACAAACGGCGAACGGCGUAUGAUAGGUCGUUUAAAGAUCUACAACUUUUACAUAAAACAUUUUCAGGUCAGGUCAAUAUUGAGGUCACCAGAGGGCAUCAACGAUAAAAUGUUUUGGAAUUAGUUACCUAUAUAACUUUUAAACUAAGAAACAUAGAGCCAUAAAACCAAUACAUUUUUUGUUGCUCUCGCCGAGGCGAUGCGAAAUAAGUAUGUGAUGACCUUCACAGGUCAAUUUAAAAUUUGACCUGAGGUCAAGGUCAGGUCAUUCAUCAAUGAGGUUGUGGGGUAUGGUCAUGCUGCAUACCAAACGACGCGCCUUGACCAGGCGAGCAGUUUGGUACCACUUACAAGUCUUUAGCACCAUCAUGUCGUGAUUUAUUGACAGAAAAACGAUUUAUGACGUCACAUGACAUCAGAUGACCUUUGCCGGUGCCCCUGUCAAUUAGCGGCACCAGGAUCAUCACUGAUGAGAUAAUCUUCCAUAAUACUGAAAGAACUGGGUGGUUUUGACUCGUUUACACGAAGCAGGAGGCGUUUCAGUAUUUUCCCAUAGGCUUGCAAUGUAAAGGUCACGAGUCUGGCCUGACCUCAGGUCACAGAUAUGAAAAUUCUGAGAUAUACAAAUUGCACAUACUGGUACCCUAACUAAAGCCUGAAGAGAAGAAAUUGAUCGGUCAAAAACUCUAGCUCUGGCGUGAUUGCAAACUUUUCUGAGGUAGGGUCACCAAACCGCCUCUGGUAACCUGACCUGAGGUCAGAUCAACUCAAAAUUUUCAGAAAUGUUGCGUAAAAGCCUUUUAGAAAAAGUCAGAAAAUUUGAGCUUCCUAGCUCAAAGCGUUUGGGAGAUAUAACCAAAAAACCUCAGGGGGGGGGCUCCUGAGGCCCCCCCCCGCCAGGAAUAGGGUUAUGAGUCCGAUGGUCACCAGUGCUUAGCUCAGUGCUUACUUUUGUAUGUAAUUAGUGUGCUUUAAGCAAAGUAAUGCGACCUGAAGAUGAGGCUGCAUUGGCACUGUGGAAUGUGGAUAAGCAUUUGAGUUUUUUUUUUGUACAUAAGUUCAUGUCUGUGUGUAGAAGAACGUAUGUAUUAUUUGAACAGAACAUUUGGUACACAUUGCAAAACGUUACGUGUCAGGUGUAAAUUAAACCCAGUUCUGCUGAUGAAUACAUCUUUUCCGUUUA